AUGGAUCUAUUUGAACAUCUCCAAUGUGUCGUGUGUAGGGAGUUAAAGCCUAAUCCUCAAGAAGUACAAUGCUGUCACAGACUUUUUUGUUUAGAUUGUGUCGAAAGUUUGACAAACACGAGAGUUUGUUCAAUCUGCCAACAAGAAACUAGCUUCGUUGAAAACACCUUUGCAUCUCAAUUGAUCAACGUUAAGCUCAGCGAUGAUUCCAUGUCCGAAGAUGAUUUCAGCUUUUCCCCCAAUUUUAUCGGAACAAAUUUACAACAAACGAUUAUCAAUAGGGCCAGCAAUUAUUUAUCGCGAAUAACCCCUAAUACUAGGAAUCGUUCCGAUCCUAAUGCUUUUCACAUCACAAUAUUAAACUUGGAAGAUAAAAGAAUCAAUAUCUUCGUUGAAAAAAGCGAUACAAUCAAAAUUGUCAAGUUCAAGCUCGAACAAAAAGAUGGCACGGCUCCUCAAUAUCAGCGGUUAAUCUUCCGGGGUAAACAACUUGAAGACAAUUAUACCAUUUCACAUUACAAGAUCGAGACGGAUAGUGUUAUACAUUUAGUGAAACGGUAUAAUGGAUCGUAG